UUUUUUUUUUUUUUUUUUGGAAAUCCAAACAACACUCAAUGUUGUCAACCGUCGGUCGUGGAUUUGUUGCCGUGUCAUCAUCGGCUGCGCGCCAGGCGCGCUUGAGCACUUCGGCUGCGGCUGCGUCGGCUGCUGCCGCUCGCCUCGAAGGCGAAUUCAUCCAGCGCAGCGUCGUCCCGACAAUGCACUUCCAGCCGUCGCUUCCACGCCUGCCAGUGCCAAAGCUCGAGGACACCUUGACAAAGUACCUUGCUGCCGUGCGCCCGCUCGUGUCGGUGGAAGAGUACGAAACCACCGUCAAGGCGGUCAACAGCUUCCGCAAGAACGAGGCUCCUGGACUGCACGACGCGCUGGUGGCAUCGGACAAGGCCAACAAGCACACGUCGUACAUUUCGGCGCCGUGGUUUGAAAUGUACCUGGAGACGCGCGACCCUGUUGUGGUCAACGUCAACCCGUUCAUUGCCUUCCUGGACGAUCCCAAGCCCGAAAACCAAAAGCAAGCGUCGCGCGCGACCAACAUGAUCACGUCGUCCAUCCGCUUCCUGAACGCGCUCAAGAAGGGCGUGCUCGCUCCCGACGUGUUCCACCUCAAUCCCGAAAAGUCAGACACGGACUCGUUCAAGAACAUUGUGCGCUGGAUUCCCUCUUCGCUCUCGUGGUACUAUGCCUACAUGAAGAACGCCUACCCGCUCGACAUGAGCCAGUACGCGCGCCUGUUCGCCUCGACGCGCAUUCCCCGUGUUGGCCGCGACGAGCUUUUGACGGCCGACGCCAGCACUGUGCGCCACGUUGUCAUUCUGCGUCGCGGUCACGUCUGGAAGCUGACUGUUCGCGACGAGCAAGGCAAGACGCUGCCCUCUGCCGCCAUCCGUGCCGCGAUCGAGAGCAUCCAGAACGACACCACCCCGCGCAACGAGCACCCUGUUGCCGCACUCACCUCGGAGGAGCGCGACACUUGGGCCCGCCUCCGCGACAAGGUCCUGGCCAUCAGCGACCGCAACCGCGCCUCGCUUGCUGCCAUUGACUCUGGUCUCUUUGUGAUUGCGCUGGACGACAAGGCCCCCACCGACCCGUGCGAGCUUUCCCGCGCCUUCCUCGUCGGCGACCCGGCCACGCGCUGGUACGACAAGUCGUUCUCGCUGCUCAUGGAGGAGGACGGCAAGACUGCCAUCAACUUUGAGCACUCGUGGGGCGACGGUGUGGCCGUUCUCCGCUACUUUAACGAGGUCUUUGGCGACACCACCAAGGCGCCCAUCAUCACCGGCGAUGUGCCUGCCGGCGCCGCCGCCUCGCUGGCCCAGCGUCUCGACUUUGAUCUGAACGAUGAGAUCAAGACCGGCAUUCGCAACGCCAUUGCCAAGUACCAAAAGCUUGACCAGUCGCUGGACAUCAAGACGAUGGAGUACCACGGCUUUGGCAAGGACGCCAUCAAGCGCCACAAGCUCAGCCCCGACGGUGUCGCGCAAAUGGCCUUCCAGCUCGCCUACACUCGCAUGUACGGCAAGACCGGCACCACCUACGAGUCGUGCUCGACGGCUGCCUUCAAGCACGGCCGCACCGAGUGCAUUCGCUCGGCCAGCAUGGACUCGGUCGAGUUUGUCAAGAGCUUCCUCGACCCCAAGGCGUCCAACGAGACACGCAUUGCCAAGCUGCGCCAGGCCGUCUCGACGCACUCUGAGCUCACCAAGAACGCCGCCAUGGGCGUGGGCUGCGACCGUCACCUCUUUGCUCUCAAGUACCUCGCCAACAAGCAAGGCUUGCCCACACCGGCCAUUUUCACGGACAAGGCCUACAAGGUCAUCAACCACAACGUCCUCUCCACCUCGACCCUCGCCAGCCCGGCACUUCUCGUCGGUGGCUUUGGUCCCGUUGUUGCCGAUGGCUUUGGUCUUGGCUACAUGGUGGACGACAACCGCAUCGGCACCCACGUGACUGCCUUCCACAAGGAUACCGACAAGUUCUGCGCAUCUCUGAAGCAGAGUGUCGAGGACAUUCACAAGGAGCUGGGCAAGUCCCCUGUCCCGACCAAGCAGGCCAAGUAAAGCGAACAACUAUGAAUGGCUGGUCACUCCCACGAGUUUUCCAGUGGUUUUGCGUUGCAGUGUACAUUUGACGUUUUCCCGUUUGGAGCAAAAAAACAAGAAAAAAAGAAAGAAAGAAAAAAAAAGCCCCGCAAGAAUCAAACAAAUACAAGUUUAUUGCACAAUA